CAGUUCUGGCAGCGGCUGUAGUUCAGGAAGUUGCGGAAGUUCGAGCAGCGGCAGUUCUGGCAGCGGCUGUAGUUCAGGAAGUUGCGGAAGUUUGGGCAGCGGCAGUUCUGGCAGCGGCUGUAGUUCAGGAAGUUGCGGAAGUUCGAGCAGCGGCAGUUCUGGCAGCGACUGUAGUUCAGGAAGUUGCGGAAGUUCGGACAGCGGUAGUUCAAGCAGCGGCUGUAGUUCGGGAAGUUGCGGAAGUUCGAGUAGCGGCUGCAGUUGUGCUCCUACAAACACCAUGUGUAGUGUAUCUUACAGUGGUGCUGGUGGACACGUGGAUGUUGAUUAUGACACUGUACCAUUACCAAGCGCGUCCCUACCUAUAGGAAUCAUGGAUUCUCCGUAUUAUGAUUGUACAGCUCAAAGUUUAUAUUGGGUCGAUUUAUUUGGUGGAAGUAUUUUUCGAUAUUCUGAAGAAAUAAAUCAAAUCUUUUACGCUCAAAUUCCCGGAUAUCCUGGCAUAUCAUUCAUUCUACCUGCAAGAAAUGAACCCAAUACAUUUGUCAUAGGCGUAGAAAACGCACUUUAUAAAAUAAUGUGGGAUGGCAUGAAUACAACAGCUUCUGUUAUAGGAAAAAUUACAUCAGCUGAAGACGGUACCAAUCAUCAUACGAACGCGGCUGUGGCUGGACCCAAAGGAGCAAUAUAUUGGGGAAAUUUUGGACCUAAACUUUGUGGUGAAGAUCAGAAUAAAGGAAGCUUCCGUUGGUCAAGAAAAGGUGGAAAAGAACAAAUGCCUGGUAUGCACAAAACGUCAAAUUCAUUGACCUACGAUUACAAGAGGGGCAUUUUCUAUCACAUGGAUGGGUGUACCCAAGAGAUUACUGCCACUGAUAUCUGCCGAAGAACUGGAAAAUAUUCGCCUUUCCGAAUGGUUUUCAAUCAAUUCUGUCUGCCCCAAUAUGCUGCACCCGUUGGGAUUUCAGUUGGAAGUGACGGAUCAUUAUGGGUUGGUUCAUAUCUGAACGGCACUUUGUUCAAUAUCGAUCCAGACAAGGGAAAAAUUAUAAAUACAUACACGAUGCCAACCAGAUUAAUGGGCGCGAGUACUUUUGGCGGUUGCAAUUAUGAUAAAUUAUACGUGCUGACUUCCCAAUUGGAAGUUGAUGUUACAAAUGGCAAUGUUAUUUCCGACGGUAAAACGAAUCCACCACCCGAUCCUGCUGGUUCGUUGAUGAUCAUCCAUGGACUUGGAAAGGGACGACCUCUAAGGAAGCCUUGCAUUGGGUGCUGAUGGUGAUCGCAAUUUAUGUCAAUCGCAACAAUUAAUUGUUGCUCGCACGAUUCGAAGUUGACUAUCCUCCUUCAUUUAUUUAUUUCAUUUAUUUUAUUUAUUUGAAUUAUUGCCUGUUUGAUGCGUUUAAAAAUAUAUAGCAACACAAAAUGAAA